AUGGCAAACCCGUUGGGGAAAGCAGCCCGUAUGCUGUUGCUCGUGCUGGGGCUUAUCACAUUGCUCAGUCUCCAUCCCAUCAAUGGGCAAUGUUCUCCAGGGGACGAAAAAAAGGCGUCGGAAAAAAUCGACCUCGAUCAGUCCCGGUCUCGACUGUACAAGGGCGAAUCGAUCUUCACUCUGCAGCUGCUGGAUGCCAUCAAUACGGCAACGCCAAAUGAGAACCUCUUCUUCUCCCCAUACAGCCUGUACAAUGUGAUGCUGAUGAUGUACUUCGGGGCACAAAACAGCACGGAGAAGGUACUCCGUACCGGGCUCAAUCUGCAGUGGUCCGAUAGUAAGACGACGGUACAGGAAGCCUACGAUACAGCCCGAACCUCGUUGAAGGGACGGUUCAACGAAGCGAACGCUGUUGGGUUUAGCUCGGUCGAUAAGCUGUUCUUCGGACGCCAGAUCCCGAUCUCGUCCUGCAUGCAGCAGAAGUUUAGCGAUACGAUCGAACAGCUCGACUAUGAAAAUCAACCCGAGGAGCAGCGUCUGUACAUAAAUCGCUGGGUCGAGAAUGCUACUCGGGGCGAGAUUAAGGAUCUGCUGGUACCGGGAUCGAUUACUCGCAACACGAAGCUAGCGAUCGCAAACGCGGCAUACUUUAAGGGUACGUGGCAGACCAAGUUUAAGGCCGCUGAAACCAAGAAGGAAAUCUUCUACAUCUCAGCCGACCGUCAGCUGUUUGUCGAUAUGAUGCACGUCGAGGGAACGUUCAGCCAUGCUGCCAAUGAAAAGCUCGGAUGCCACAUUCUGGAACUCCCGUACAGUGCCGGCGCUGAGGAUGAAGAUAGCCAACGAGCUGAUAAUCCUAACCAGGUGUCGAUGUUCGUCUUUCUGCCACCGGCCGAACCAAACGCACUCACGAAACUGCUGGCCCGGCUGGCUGCCGAUACCAACAUACUGCACGAGGUAGUGAACGAUGGCAUUUCGCGCAAAGUCGAUGUCAAGCUGCCCAAGUUUAGCAUCGAGAAGACGAUUGAGAUGAAGCCUGUGCUGGAGCGGUUGGGCAUGGGUAGUCUGUUUGAGAAUACGGCCAACUUUGACAGUUUCACCGACGGUCGCGAUCCGAUCGGGUUCGACGAGGUUGUGCAGAAAGCGAAGAUCGAGGUAAAUGAAGAAGGUUCGGUGGCUGCUUCCGCUACGAUUGCCUUCUCGUUCCGAUCGUCCCGGCCCGCCGAUCCGGCCAUGUUCCACUGCAAUCAUCCAUUCGUUUUCAUCAUUUACGACUACGGCACCCGGUCCGUCCUGUUUAACGGGGUCUAUCGUCAGCCGGAAUGA